UUUAAGGCUAUUGUCCCACUAAUGGAUGGUUAUGACUACAUUUAUAAAAUUGUACUGGUCGGCGAUUCGUCCGUCGGUAAAAGCAAUCUUCUCUCCAGGUUUACCAAAGAUGACUUUAAUCUCGAAUCCAAAAGCACAAUCGGUGUUGAAUUCGCCACCAAAACAGUUGUCUUGGAUGACGGAGUUCGAAUAAAGGCACAAGUGUGGGACACGGCUGGACAGGAGCGAUACAAAGCAAUAACCAGCGCGUAGUGUCCAGUCCAUAUUUGUAGAUACUACAGGGGUGCGGCUGGGGUUAUGUUAGUCUAUGAUAUAACCAAACACAAAACAUAUGAGAACUGCACUGAAUGGCUUAAAGAAUUAAAAGAACAUGUCGAUUCUUCUGCUGUUGUACAACUGGUCGGGAAUAAAGAGGAUUUGCAGCAUUUGAGAGCAGUUUCUGCCAAAGAAGGUGCGAGUUUCGCUGGUUAUUUGUUUGGGAUAUUUCGUAGAGGAAAAUGGUUUAUUUUUCAUGGAGACGUCAGCUUUGGGGAAUGUGAAUGUCGAGGAAGCAUUUGGAAUUGUAUUGAAGGGUGA